GCUAAACCACGAAGUCAAACAAAAAAUAAUAAUUUUGCGCCUUUCACUUUCCUGUGCUAUAAAAUCGUAUUUAUUUUGAUAAUUAUGUUCUUUCUGUGCUUGUUAAGAUAAAUCAGUGAAUAUUGUAUGAAACAAUGCAUACUAUGGUAUUACUUUUAUAGAGAAAAGUGUUAUAAAACUCAGCAAAAUGGGCUUGGACUUUGAUGUCUUUGAAUUUUGUAAAAAACUGCGGCAAAACCGGCCUCCGCCGUAUCAGUGUCCUUUAGAAAAGUGUGAUAAAGUUUAUAAGAGUUUAUGUGGGUUACAGUAUCAUUUAGUUCAUUAUGAUCACGACAAUCCGACCCCGGCGACGCCUGCCGUAGCCAACCAUCGUAAGAAGGGAAGAGGUAGAGCUGCCGUACCUACAGGCGACAUCGCUCUUCAGAGUCCGCCGAAAGAGGCUUUAACUUUCGCUGAAGCUCAAAAAGUGGUCCAAUUCGAGAUUGAUGGCAAAAUCAGCAGAAUACCAAUUGACCAACCUCUGCCUAUCAUGUCCCUUGAAGAAUGGCAGAAGACGAAUGCCGCAUUGGAAAAGCCCUUGCCAGUGGUGGAGCCUCCCGUAGAACCUCAUGUGAAGUUACCUGAAGCAAGCUUCAAGCUUGUCGACGACUACAAUGAGCGCGUAUGUGAUGCUCCGCCGCGGCCAAACGCUUACAUUCGCUUCAUAGAAAAAUCAGCUGAGGAGUUAGAUGGAGAAGUGGAAUAUGAUGUCGAUGAGGAAGACACUGCAUGGCUGGCCAUCAUCAACAAGACGAGGGUGAAGCAGAACUUGCCAGCGGUUACUGUUGAUACCCUGGAACUGCUCAUGGAUAGAUUGGAGAAGGAGUCCUAUUUUCAGGCAUCGCAGAAUGGUCAACAAACAGCUGCAACGGUGGAUGAAGAUGCAGUUUGCUGCAUCUGCAUGGACGGAGAAUGUCAGAACACAAAUGUGAUUCUUUUCUGUGACAUGUGCAACCUUGCUGUGCAUCAGGAUUGUUACGGAGUACCAUACAUUCCUGAAGGACAAUGGCUAUGCCGGCGAUGUCUGCAGUCACCGUCGCGGCUAGUCAACUGCGUACUCUGUCCCAAUACUGGCGGUGCUUUUAAGCAGACAGACCAAGGGACUUGGGCGCACGUGGUAUGUGCGUUAUGGAUACCUGAAGUUCGGUUUGCUAAUACUGUGUUCUUGGAGCCUAUUGAUUCGAUCGAGAUGAUCCCGGCGGCUCGUUGGAAGCUGCAGUGCAUGGUAUGCAAGCAGCGCAGCGUGGGCGCGUGCAUACAGUGCCACAAGAGUAACUGCUACUCCGCCUUCCAUGUUACCUGCGCUCAGCAGGCUGGUCUAUACAUGAAGAUGGAGGCGGCGGGCGCAGGUCGCGACCCCAGCCAGCCGGUGCAGGUCGCCAAGAUGGCGUACUGCGAUGCACACACUCCUGCGCAUAUACUACAGGAGCGACGAGCACAAGAAUCGGAAGGUGAUACAAAGUCUAAUGAUCUGACUGCGAUUCGACAAAAAGGCAGAGAGAAGAUAAAACAGGCUCGUCGGGUCCUAGCGAUGAAACGUACAUGGGCCCCUGUAGUACUAGUCCCCACCCUGCCCGCGGACCGGGUGGCCGAGGUAGCGGCGCUGGCCCCCGGGGCCCCGGCCGCGAGGGCCCAACUUAUGAAGAGACUCCUCGCUUACUGGACCCUCAAGCGACAUAGCAGGAAUGGAGUACCAUUGCUGAGAAGGUUGCAGAGCUUGACUAGUAAUCAUGGCACCCGAGGUAUUCAGGACGGCACUGUCAACGUGAGGGAACUAUGUAACCAGCUGAAGUACUGGCAGAGGAUACGACAAGACUUAGAGAGAGCCAGACUGCUGUGCGAGCUGGUGCGCAAGCGCGAGCGGCUGAAGGCGGAGUACACGCGCGUGUGGGAACGCUGCGUCCUGCACUCGCUGCGGCCCGAGCGCGCCGCGCUGCACAAGCUGCUGCGCAUGCUGCGCCAGCGGGACGCCAGCGACAUCUUCACCGAGCCCGUCGACCUGCACGAGGUACGCACUACUCCUACUUACACUCGCUGCGGCCCGAGCGCGCCGCGCUGCACAAGCUGCUGCGCAUGCUGCGCCAGCGGGACGCCAGCGACAUCUUCACCGAGCCCGUCGACCUGCACGAGGUACGCACUACUCCUACUUACACUCGCUGCGGCCCGAGCGCGCCGCGCUGCACAAGCUGCUGCGCAUGCUGCGCCAGCGGGACGCCAGCGACAUCUUCACCGAGCCCGUCGACCUGCACGAGGUACGCACUACUCCUACUUACACUCGCUGCGGCCCGAGCGCGCCGCGCUGCACAAGCUGCUGCGCAUGCUGUGCCAGCGGGACGCCAGCGACAUCUUCACCGAGCCCGUCGACCUGCACGAGGUACGCACUACUCCUACUUACACUCGCUGCGGCCCGAGCGCGCCGCGCUGCACAAGCUGCUGCGCAUGCUGCGCCAGCGGGACGCCAGCGACAUCUUCACCGAGCCCGUCGACCUGCACGAGGUACGCACUACUCCUACUUACACUCGCUGCGGCCCGAGCGCGCCGCGCUGCACAAGCUGCUGCGCAUGCUGCGCCAGCGGGACGCCAGCGACAUCUUCACCGAGCCCGUCGACCUGCACGAGGUACGCACUACUCCUACUUACACUCGCUGCGGCCCGAGCGCGCCGCGCUGCACAAGCUGCUGCGCAUGCUGCGCCAGCGGGACGGCAGCGACAUCUUCACCGAGCCCGUCGACCUGCACGAGGUACGCACUACUCCUACUUACACUCGCUGCGGCCCGAGCGCGCCGCGCUGCACAAGCUGCUGCGCAUGCUGCGCCAGCGGGACGCCAGCGACAUCUUCACCGAGCCCGUCGACCUGCACGAGGUACGCACUACUCCUACUUACACUCGCUGCGGCCCGAGCGCGCCGCGCUGCACAAGCUGCUGCGCAUGCUGCGCCAGCGGGACGCCAGCGACAUCUUCACCGAGCCCGUCGACCUGCACGAGGUACGCACUACUCCUACUUACACUCGCUGCGGCCCGAGCGCGCCGCGCUGCACAAGCUGCUGCGCAUGCUGCGCCAGCGGGACGCCAGCGACAUCUUCACCGAGCCCGUCGACCUGCACGAGGUACGCACUACUCCUACUUACACUCGCUGCGGCCCGAGCGCGCCGCGCUGCACAAGCUGCUGCGCAUGCUGCGCCAGCGGGACGCCAGCGACAUCUUCACCGAGCCCGUCGACCUGCACGAGGUACGCACUACUCCUACUUACACUCGCUGCGGCCCGAGCGCGCCGCGCUGCACAAGCUGCUGCGCAUGCUGCGCCAGCGGGACGCCAGCGACAUCUUCACCGAGCCCGUCGACCUGCACGAGGUACGCACUACUCCUACUUACACUCGCUGCGGCCCGAGCGCGCCGCGCUGCACAAGCUGCUGCGCAUGCUGCGCCAGCGGGACGCCAGCGACAUCUUCACCGAGCCCGUCGACCUGCACGAGGUACGCACUACUCCUACUUACACUCGCUGCGGCCCGAGCGCGCCGCGCUGCACAAGCUGCUGCGCAUGCUGCGCCAGCGGGACGCCAGCGACAUCUUCACCGAGCCCGUCGACCUGCACGAGGUACGCACUACUCCUACUUACACUCGCUGCGGCCCGAGCGCGCCGCGCUGCACAAGCUGCUGCGCAUGCUGCGCCAGCGGGACGGCAGCGACAUCUUCACCGAGCCCGUCGACCUGCACGAGGUACGCACUACUCCUACUUACACUCGCUGCGGCCCGAGCGCGCCGCGCUGCACAAGCUGCUGCGCAUGCUGCGCCAGCGGGACGCCAGCGACAUCUUCACCGAGCCCGUCGACCUGCACGAGGUACGCACUACUCCUACUUACACUCGCUGCGGCCCGAGCGCGCCGCGCUGCACAAGCUGCUGCGCAUGCUGCGCCAGCGGGACGCCAGCGACAUCUUCACCGAGCCCGUCGACCUGCACGAGGUACGCACUACUCCUACUUACACUCGCUGCGGCCCGAGCGCGCCGCGCUGCACAAGCUGCUGCGCAUGCUGCGCCAGCGGGACGCCAGCGACAUCUUCACCGAGCCCGUCGACCUGCACGAGGUACGCACUACUCCUACUUACACUCGCUGCGGCCCGAGCGCGCCGCGCUGCACAAGCUGCUGCGCAUGCUGCGCCAGCGGGACGCCAGCGACAUCUUCACCGAGCCCGUCGACCUGCACGAGGUACGCACUACUCCUACUUACACUCGCUGCGGCCCGAGCGCGCCGCGCUGCACAAGCUGCUGCGCAUGCUGUGCCAGCGGGACGCCAGCGACAUCUUCACCGAGCCCGUCGACCUGCACGAGGUACGCACUACUCCUACUUACACUCGCUGCGGCCCGAGCGCGCCGCGCUGCACAAGCUGCUGCGCAUGCUGCGCCAGCGGGACGCCAGCGACAUCUUCACCGAGCCCGUCGACCUGCACGAGGUACGCACUACUCCUACUUACACUCGCUGCGGCCCGAGCGCGCCGCGCUGCACAAGCUGCUGCGCAUGCUGCGCCAGCGGGACGCCAGCGACAUCUUCACCGAGCCCGUCGACCUGCACGAGGUACGCACUACUCCUACUUACACUCGCUGCGGCCCGAGCGCGCCGCGCUGCACAAGCUGCUGCGCAUGCUGCGCCAGCGGGACGGCAGCGACAUCUUCACCGAGCCCGUCGACCUGCACGAGGUACGCACUACUCCUACUUACACUCGCUGCGGCCCGAGCGCGCCGCGCUGCACAAGCUGCUGCGCAUGCUGCGCCAGCGGGACGCCAGCGACAUCUUCACCGAGCCCGUCGACCUGCACGAGGUACGCACUACUCCUACUUACACUCGCUGCGGCCCGAGCGCGCCGCGCUGCACAAGCUGCUGCGCAUGCUGCGCCAGCGGGACGCCAGCGACAUCUUCACCGAGCCCGUCGACCUGCACGAGGUACGCACUACUCCUACUUACACUCGCUGCGGCCCGAGCGCGCCGCGCUGCACAAGCUGCUGCGCAUGCUGCGCCAGCGGGACGCCAGCGACAUCUUCACCGAGCCCGUCGACCUGCACGAGGUACGCACUACUCCUACUUACACUCGCUGCGGCCCGAGCGCGCCGCGCUGCACAAGCUGCUGCGCAUGCUGCGCCAGCGGGACGCCAGCGACAUCUUCACCGAGCCCGUCGACCUGCACGAGGUACGCACUACUCCUACUUACACUCGCUGCGGCCCGAGCGCGCCGCGCUGCACAAGCUGCUGCGCAUGCUGCGCCAGCGGGACGCCAGCGACAUCUUCACCGAGCCCGUCGACCUGCACGAGGUACGCACUACUCCUACUUACACUCGCUGCGGCCCGAGCGCGCCGCGCUGCACAAGCUGCUGCGCAUGCUGCGCCAGCGGGACGCCAGCGACAUCUUCACCGAGCCCGUCGACCUGCACGAGGUACGCACUACUCCUACUUACACUCGCUGCGGCCCGAGCGCGCCGCGCUGCACAAGCUGCUGCGCAUGCUGCGCCAGCGGGACGCCAGCGACAUCUUCACCGAGCCCGUCGACCUGCACGAGGUACGCACUACUCCUACUUACACUCGCUGCGGCCCGAGCGCGCCGCGCUGCACAAGCUGCUGCGCAUGCUGCGCCAGCGGGACGCCAGCGACAUCUUCACCGAGCCCGUCGACCUGCACGAGGUACGCACUACUCCUACUUACACUCGCUGCGGCCCGAGCGCGCCGCGCUGCACAAGCUGCUGCGCAUGCUGCGCCAGCGGGACGCCAGCGACAUCUUCACCGAGCCCGUCGACCUGCACGAGGUACGCACUACUCCUACUUACACUCGCUGCGGCCCGAGCGCGCCGCGCUGCACAAGCUGCUGCGCAUGCUGCGCCAGCGGGACGGCAGCGACAUCUUCACCGAGCCCGUCGACCUGCACGAGGUACGCACUACUCCUACUUACACUCGCUGCGGCCCGAGCGCGCCGCGCUGCACAAGCUGCUGCGCAUGCUGCGCCAGCGGGACGCCAGCGACAUCUUCACCGAGCCCGUCGACCUGCACGAGGUACGCACUACUCCUACUUACACUCGCUGCGGCCCGAGCGCGCCGCGCUGCACAAGCUGCUGCGCAUGCUGCGCCAGCGGGACGCCAGCGACAUCUUCACCGAGCCCGUCGACCUGCACGAGGUAUGCACUACUCCUACUUACACUCGCUGCGGCCCGAGCGCGCCGCGCUGCACAAGCUGCUGCGCAUGCUGCGCCAGCGGGACGCCAGCGACAUCUUCACCGAGCCCGUCGACCUGCACGAGGUACGCACUACUCCUACUUACACUCGCUGCGGCCCGAGCGCGCCGCGCUGCACAAGCUGCUGCGCAUGCUGCGCCAGCGGGACGCCAGCGACAUCUUCACCGAGCCCGUCGACCUGCACGAGGUACGCACUACUCCUACUUACACUCGCUGCGGCCCGAGCGCGCCGCGCUGCACAAGCUGCUGCGCAUGCUGCGCCAGCGGGACGCCAGCGACAUCUUCACCGAGCCCGUCGACCUGCACGAGGUACGCACUACUCCUACUUACACUCGCUGCGGCCCGAGCGCGCCGCGCUGCACAAGCUGCUGCGCAUACUGCGCCAGCGGGACGCCAGCGACAUCUUCACCGAGCCCGUCGACCUGCACGAGGUACGCACUACUCCUACUUACACUCGCUGCGGCCCGAGCGCGCCGCGCUGCACAAGCUGCUGCGCAUGCUGCGCCAGCGGGACGCCAGCGACAUCUUCACCGAGCCCGUCGACCUGCACGAGGUACGCACUACUCCUACUUACACUCGCUGCGGCCCGAGCGCGCCGCGCUGCACAAGCUGCUGCGCAUGCUGCGCCAGCGGGACGCCAGCGACAUCUUCACCGAGCCCGUCGACCUGCACGAGGUACGCACUACUCCUACUUACACUCGCUGCGGCCCGAGCGCGCCGCGCUGCACAAGCUGCUGCGCAUGCUGCGCCAGCGGGACGGCAGCGACAUCUUCACCGAGCCCGUCGACCUGCACGAGGUACGCACUACUCCUACUUACACUCGCUGCGGCCCGAGCGCGCCGCGCUGCACAAGCUGCUGCGCAUGCUGCGCCAGCGGGACGCCAGCGACAUCUUCACCGAGCCCGUCGACCUGCACGAGGUACGCACUACUCCUACUUACACUCGCUGCGGCCCGAGCGCGCCGCGCUGCACAAGCUGCUGCGCAUGCUGCGCCAGCGGGACGCCAGCGACAUCUUCACCGAGCCCGUCGACCUGCACGAGGUACGCACUACUCCUACUUACACUCGCUGCGGCCCGAGCGCGCCGCGCUGCACAAGCUGCUGCGCAUGCUGCGCCAGCGGGACGCCAGCGACAUCUUCACCGAGCCCGUCGACCUGCACGAGGUACGCACUACUCCUACUUACACUCGCUGCGGCCCGAGCGCGCCGCGCUGCACAAGCUGCUGCGCAUGCUGCGCCAGCGGGACGCCAGCGACAUCUUCACCGAGCCCGUCGACCUGCACGAGGUACGCACUACUCCUACUUACACUCGCUGCGGCCCGAGCGCGCCGCGCUGCACAAGCUGCUGCGCAUGCUGCGCCAGCGGGACGCCAGCGACAUCUUCACCGAGCCCGUCGACCUGCACGAGGUACGCACUACUCCUACUUACACUCGCUGCGGCCCGAGCGCGCCGCGCUGCACAAGCUGCUGCGCAUGCUGCGCCAGCGGGACGCCAGCGACAUCUUCACCGAGCCCGUCGACCUGCACGAGGUACGCACUACUCCUACUUACACUCGCUGCGGCCCGAGCGCGCCGCGCUGCACAAGCUGCUGCGCAUGCUGCGCCAGCGGGACGCCAGCGACAUCUUCACCGAGCCCGUCGACCUGCACGAGGUAUGCACUACUCCUACUUACACUCGCUGCGGCCCGAGCGCGCCGCGCUGCACAAGCUGCUGCGCAUACUGCGCCAGCGGGACGCCAGCGACAUCUUCACCGAGCCCGUCGACCUGCACGAGGUACGCACUACUCCUACUUACACUCGCUGCGGCCCGAGCGCGCCGCGCUGCACAAGCUGCUGCGCAUGCUGCGCCAGCGGGACGCCAGCGACAUCUUCACCGAGCCCGUCGACCUGCACGAGGUACGCACUACUCCUACUUACACUCGCUGCGGCCCGAGCGCGCCGCGCUGCACAAGCUGCUGCGCAUGCUGCGCCAGCGGGACGCCAGCGACAUCUUCACCGAGCCCGUCGACCUGCACGAGGUACGCACUACUCCUACUUACACUCGCUGCGGCCCGAGCGCGCCGCGCUGCACAAGCUGCUGCGCAUGCUGCGCCAGCGGGACGCCAGCGACAUCUUCACCGAGCCCGUCGACCUGCACGAGGUACGCACUACUCCUACUUACACUCGCUGCGGCCCGAGCGCGCCGCGCUGCACAAGCUGCUGCGCAUGCUGCGCCAGCGGGACGCCAGCGACAUCUUCACCGAGCCCGUCGACCUGCACGAGGUACGCACUACUCCUACUUACACUCGCUGCGGCCCGAGCGCGCCGCGCUGCACAAGCUGCUGCGCAUGCUGCGCCAGCGGGACGCCAGCGACAUCUUCACCGAGCCCGUCGACCUGCACGAGGUACGCACUACUCCUACUUACACUCGCUGCGGCCCGAGCGCGCCGCGCUGCACAAGCUGCUGCGCAUGCUGCGCCAGCGGGACGCCAGCGACAUCUUCACCGAGCCCGUCGACCUGCACGAGGUACGCACUACUCCUACUUACACUCGCUGCGGCCCGAGCGCGCCGCGCUGCACAAGCUGCUGCGCAUGCUGCGCCAGCGGGACGCCAGCGACAUCUUCACCGAGCCCGUCGACCUGCACGAGGUACGCACUACUCCUACUUACACUCGCUGCGGCCCGAGCGCGCCGCGCUGCACAAGCUGCUGCGCAUGCUGCGCCAGCGGGACGCCAGCGACAUCUUCACCGAGCCCGUCGACCUGCACGAGGUACGCACUACUCCUACUUACACUCGCUGCGGCCCGAGCGCGCCGCGCUGCACAAGCUGCUGCGCAUGCUGCGCCAGCGGGACGCCAGCGACAUCUUCACCGAGCCCGUCGACCUGCACGAGGUACGCACUACUCCUACUUACACUCGCUGCGGCCCGAGCGCGCCGCGCUGCACAAGCUGCUGCGCAUGCUGCGCCAGCGGGACGCCAGCGACAUCUUCACCGAGCCCGUCGACCUGCACGAGGUACGCACUACUCCUACUUACACUCGCUGCGGCCCGAGCGCGCCGCGCUGCACAAGCUGCUGCGCACUAUAAAACACUAUGUGCCAGACUACAGUACUAUAGUCAAACAUCCAAUGGACCUGAGCACUAUGGGUAAGAAGUUGGAUCGCGGCGCCUAUUCGACCAUAGACGAUAUGGAGGCCGACUUCAAGCUCAUGAUCGACAACUGUCUAACCUACAACAAUAAGGACACCGUUUUUUACAAGGCGGGUGUGAAGAUGCGCGAGCAAUGUAUGCCGCUGUUCCGCGCGGCGCGGCGUGAUGUACGCGAGGCCGGCCUGCAGGCGCUCUGUCUGCCCCCCACCAGCCCCACCACUCCCGGACCUGAGAGUCCGCCUAGCAACUGUACUGCGAGUCCCCGUCGUGCCAGUCCCCCUCGGUCCCGGCGCAGUGUCAGCCGCGCUGCCAGUCGACCGAGGUCCACUAGCGAGAGCGAGCGAGAACCUACGCCAGAGAGACGCAAGGACCGCAGCGUUUCAAAAGCUCGCAGUGAGAGGCGACAGUCCAUCGCUACGAAAGACUCCGACGAUGAAAAUAUCGCUUCUCACCGCGCCACAUCACCAGCGUCAGGCCGCGCGAAGCCGUGGCUCCGAGGCCGAGGCCGGACGAGGGGGCGGCGCGGCGGCAGGCCCAGGGGUCGGGGCCGACAACCUGCGCAGGCGCAGCGUGCUAUGGAUAACGAUACUCCAACAUCGGGAUCAGAGACACCAGUGCCGGGCACCACUGCGGAGCGAACUCAUAAGCUGGCAACACCAGAGAAAUCACCCGUCAAACAACCAGAGACAACGCCAAUUACAGGGCUGGGGCUUAUGGGUGCACUUAGGAAGCCCACCCUCCUGGUAUCGCCGUCUACAGUCGCCGGGCCACCCAAGAGCUUCGGCUCUGAUGCGUCGUUGCCGACAUUGUCAGCCAGUUUGGGUCGGUCCAGCUUAGAGAGUUCGCCCAAGAAGAAGGGGCGAGGCAGACCCCGCAAGCAAGAUAAGGACAAAUCCACAUCCUCGCCAGAUCUAUUUAGGUCGGCUCAAGGCGGCGAGGGCAAGAGUGUGUCGACGCCGGUGCCCGCGUCGUUCCUGCAAUACCGCGGCCCGCCCGGCGAGGUCGGCUCCGACAGUGAUCUUGCGCUCUCCAGAUCGUCGUCGAGCAGUUCAGCGUGGUCGCAGUCUUGCUCGUCGUGCACGCACUACGAAGACGGGGACGCGUCGGACCACUCCUGCUCUAUGAGUUCCACUGACGGGGAUACUAGGUCCAGUUUCGGCGACCCGGCCCCGUGCUCGGUGCCGGGCGGGGCGGGCGCGGUCAGUCCGGCCGGCAGCGGGCCGCGCCGCCGCUCCCGCCGCAGCGCGCCCAACACUGACGUCUCCGACGCAGAGCCCACCACGCCCGUCAAAGGUCGAGGGACAAGAUCUUCAACUUCAAAAACUCCGGUCAAGUGUGCGCAAGCGUCGACUUUACAACUAGAGCCGCUACAACUUGUCUGGGCUAAAUGCAGAGGCUACCCCUGGUACCCGGCCCUGAUAAUCGACCCGAAGAUUCCAAAAGGCUUCAUAUACAACGGAGUACCGCUACCAGUACCGCCGCAGGACGUGCUUAACCUCAAGAAAAACCACGCACACGAGCCCAUACUAUACCUUGUACUAUUCUUUGACGUCAAACGAACUUGGCAAUGGCUUCCCCCCAACAAACUAGAGCCUCUAGGCCUCGACAAGAGCGUGGACCAAGCUAAAUUAGUCGAAUCCCGAAAACCAACCGACCGUAAAGCCGUGAAAAAGGCCUACGGUGACGCCAUGCAGUUCAGAAAACAAGUACACGGAGACGAUAAAUGACAAAAGUUUAAAUAUAGGUCGCGUAGGCCUCCGAGAAAAAGAGCUUUCAGCUUUGGCAAUUUCUCCACUAUGCACAUCCGCACGCCAGACACCACCGACUCAAGUGAUGAUUAGAGUAUUUUUUUCAAUUAUCUAAGGUCAGAUUAUUCAAUAGUCAGAUAAAUGUUAUCUUAGGGAUAAAAUUGUUGCUGUCACUGUCUUAUACAAACAUUCUGACGCGAUAGCAACAUAAUUAUUCCCCAGCUAAAUUUUAUCUAACCAUUGAAAAAUCACCCCUAAUUACACCAACUUUUAUACUUUCGCGUUUCAUGUUGACGACAUAUUAUUAAACGGGUAUUAACGCGAAAAGUAAUUUUAUUAUUAUUAAAAUGCCUUGGAAGGCUUGAAGUUUAGACCUGAUUGCACAGGUCGUGGUCUCAAGCAGACUGAGUUUGCAUUAAUCCCGCUUACUUAAUAAUAUGUUACUUAUACCUUUUGCUUAGAGAUAAGUAGAAAGUAUUUUCAUCUACAGUAUCCAGAGUUAUCAACUGACUUUUUUUGUCAUAUUCAUUGGAGGCAGGUCAGUCGAUAUCUUCAUCUAUUUAACAGUUAGGGCAUUAUUGAAGUGAGAUAACAUGUUAGGGUGUUGGAGACGAAUCGCAUCUCGAAUAUUGAUAAUGUAAGCAGUAGAUGUAAUGUAGUGUCUUUGAGAUGUAUAUUGGAAUAAAAUAUGUUAAAAAAAAUAAGUUUUGCAUCCUCCAUUCGAUGUAGUUUACAAUUAAGAUCCUGAUUAU